AUGCCAUCUAACAAGGAUCGUCUAUAUGUCGGAUUAUACCACUGGGCUCUUCUGGUUGGGCCAAAAGCCGAAGAUGGCGACACGCGCGGUAAACGCUUCCACGCCAAAGAACGGAUCUAUAGUGGCACGCAAUCCGUCUGGGAGUUCAGUGAGCAGGAGACCGGCACGGCAUCCACCCUCAUGAUCUUGGUCCGCAUUCAAAUUGCUAAGGUUAAGAGCCUGAAGAAGCUUGGAGCAACUUUGAGGAGUGUGCCUGUGAGAGGGGUCCAGCCGGGAUGGAAUUGUGUUGAAUGGGUCAAGGAAGCAGUCGCAGCCCUACAAAACAACAAGGAUGCUCUGGGAACUGCGGUGCUAGAUUGGACCACGGUCCGUGAUACGGCUAUGUGGUACGUUGAGCAGAAGGCCUUGCAGCAUCGAUUUGAUGGUCAAGCUGCCCCAGGACAGUUUGAUACUAGCAGGGUAUCGACAUAUAGCCUGCUUGAAAGAAAGGAGCUGGUACCAUGA